AGGGCCCCGGGGCCGCGUGGGUUCUGCACAGAGAGCUCCGGCCCCGGGGCGCUCCCGCCUCUCCUGUGUCCCCUCUCCUCCCGCUAGGCUCCAGUUGUAUCUCCUAGUUAGCCCUGCUGUGUGUCGAGUGUCUUCAGCAAUGCAGUUCUAGUCCCGUGUGCCGAGAGAGCCGAAAACUGCUGUGAACUGCUGGCAGCACCCCUCCUCCCCCAGGAAAAAAAUAUAUAUAUAUUCCUGCCUCAGCCCCCUCGGGAAUGACCUGGCGUUUCUUUGGAGCAGGGGUCGGUUCGGUUGAUUUCCCAGGAGCCCUGCAGGUGUUGUGGGCAUGUCCGUCUGCCAGGAGGGUCCUUCUUCCUUUCAUUUUUUCCUUUUUUUUUCGUUGUUUUGGUUUGGUUCUUUUUUCCUUUUUUUUUCUUUUUUUUUUUUUUUUUUUUCCUUUUUUUUUUUUUUUUUUUUUUUUUUUUUGGAGGGAUCUCCCUGAAAUAAAAUAUUUUGAUAACCAAUUUUACUUUUUCCUGCUCUUUUCUGUAUCUCCUUUGCCUUGGAGGGGGGUCUGUAACCCUCAUUUUGGGGGUUUUUGGGGCAUGAGCAGCUCAGUGGAGCUGGAAAAGCUGCUGUGUUCCCUGGGGGAGCACCCAGUGUGAAACCAGUAUCCCACUGGUGUGUGACUGGAGGGCUCUGCAGCCUCUGCCCUGCCCUCUGAUAAAUCCCCCGAAUUUAGGGAGCACUAUUUGGGGGCCCCAAUGGAUUUCCCAGGCUCCUUGUUCCCAGUUUGGAACCAGUACCCUACUGGUGGGAAGUGUCGGGGGGGCAUCACCUGGGGGUGCCCCCGACAAACCUCUCUCAUUCAAAGAACAAUUUUGGGGGUCCCUGGAAUUCCGCAUCCCCUGGAAUUCCCCAUCCUCCAGCCCUUGUUCCCAGUACAAAACCAGUAUCCCAGUGCUGGAGGCCACCGGGCCAUCCCGGAGGGGCGAUGGCAGCCCUGAGCCCUUCCCAGCGUUGCCCAAUUUGGGAUUUGUGCCCGGGAAUGCGGCGGUGACCUCACGGCGCUGCUGACGCGGCUGGGCACGGCCGGGGAUGCCCGUCCCGUGUCACCGGGGCAGCCCGGGCACCCCUGCCCGCCUCCCUCCCGGAAUCCCGGGGCUCUGGAGCUCCGGUAUUCCCGGCUGGCACACGCGGAGGGCAGGAGGAAGUGCCGGCCCGCGGGGAGGAGGAAGGAACCUGGCGCUGGAGUUUCCAGGUGUGUGCACAUCACCUGCCCGGCCCUAUAAAAAGGCGGCGGCGGCGGCGGCGCUGCCACUCGGCCGCCUCAUCCCUGGGGCUGCGCUUCCCAAGGGUCCCCCCCGCCAGAGUUUGGCGCGUUCCCCAAAUUUGGGAGUGUUCCCUGCCCCUCCACAGCCCCCCAAAUUCUGGCGUGGCCCCUCGACACCCGGCUGAUGGGCUGGCUGGGUGCCCUGGCCCUGCUGGCGGUGCUGGGGCAGUGCCGGGGGCUGCGGCGCCCCGCGGGCGGCUCCGUCCACUCCUCCGUGCGCUGCUACAGCGGGGCCGAGCUGGGGGACGACGCUCCGGGGCAGCUCCUGGGGCGCAGCCUGCGCUGGGCCCGCCACGCCUCGGUGCAGCUGGUGCCGCAUCUGGAACAGCUGGAACAGCUGGAGCGGCCGGAGGGGCCGGAGCGGCGGCGGCGGCACCGCCCGCCCGCUUGCCCCGCGCUGUCGCUGCGCUCCGGGCUCCGCAGCGAGCCCCACGAGCGCUCCAUCUCCCCGUGGCGCUACCGCAUCGACGAGGACGAGAACCGCUACCCGCGCAAGCUGGCCUUCGCCGAGUGCCUGUGCAGCGGCUGCGUGGACGUGAAAACCGGCCGGGAGACCACGUCGCUCAACUCGGUGACCAUCCACCAGACCGUGCUGGUGCUGCGGCGCAAGCCGUGCCCGCGGCCCGCGGCGCCGGGGCUGGUGUCGCUGGAGGUGGAUUACAUCCGAGUGCCCGUGGGCUGCACCUGCGUCCUGCCCCGCACCGUGCGCUGAGCCCGCCCCGAGCGUGACCGUGUCACCGCCCGGCCCCGCCCGUGCUUGUUUUAGAGCACCCGACCCCGCCAGGGCGUCCCCUCCCCUGGUUAUUUAUGAGUUAUUUAUAAGCCUUGCUGCCGGGGGGCUUUUUGUACCCCCUAUUUAUUGCCAUGGCUGUGACUCCAGGGCCAGCAUCGGCCCACGGUGCUCGAGGACCCUGUGAGUGCUGUCCAGGCACUCACUGGUUAUUUAUUCCCCCAAAAAGCUAUUUAUUGUCUCCUCCCUGGUGCUAUUUAAUGCUGCAAAUAAAAGCCAACAAAUAAAAGCCCUGGCACAGUCCUCACUCUGUUCCCGGCUGGGGCAAUGGGAUGGUGGGAGUUGGGGCACAAGGGACAGAGCACAGCCGUGGGACACCCCUCAGCCCCUGCACGGUGGGCAGAGCACCAGCGCACCCAGUGCAGCAGGGCAGGAUAAACUGGGAGGUGACGGGGAGGGCGGCAGGGCACCGGGGUGCCCCACACCCCCCGCCCCGGGGGGACCCAGCCCUGGCACCCCGACACCCACACCUUUCCCAUGGCUCUGCCCCCGGGCACCGCAUCCCACGGACCUGGUGCCACCUGCCAGGGCCACUGCACCUGUGCUGGCAGCGCCUGGGGGCCCUGGGCCACCUGCACCCCCUGAGGGGCCGGGGUCUGUGUGGGGAGGGGGCAGAGGGGGACCUGGAGCAGCUGCUGAUCCCAGUGGGAUCGGGGAUUUGGCACCCACAUCACACCGGGGAACUUCCAGCACUCAUGCGUGGAAAGGGGAAUGCUCCCCACACUCCCUGCUGGGGUUAUCCCAGGAUUUGGGGGUUCCUUUGGGACUCUCUGUGCAGCUCCAGUGUGGGGCCCUCCCAGUUCCACCCCACUGUUGGCUCCAGAAGGAUUUUGGGAGGGGUCCCUACCAU